AUGGCAACCUCAGCAGCUGCAGCGGCAACAGCAUCCACGACCACGGCAGCGACAGCGACAGCAUCGCCAUGGCUGGGAGAUGAAGCUGGCGCCUUGAAUGUCGAUACAAUCUUGCAGCAGGUCUCGCAAGAUGACCAGGAUGAGUGGGAAUACGAAUACUCUGCUACUGAGACAGAGACGUACUAUCUAACGCUUGAACUAUCUUAUCCAGAGUUCAAGGAUCGUCCAGCAAAAGCCCACCAUCACAGCCGUGGCGGGUAUUACAAGAACUGGUCAGAUCAGUAUGCCGACUACCUGAAGUUAGACGCCAAGCCAGACCUUGCCGUCGGCCAGCAAGACCCCAAUCAUAACGGAGAUGGCAAUGGUAAAGACAAUGACGAAAAUAAUGAAGAAGCCCCUGAACCGGAAGAGGAGGUGCCGGAAGAGGAAGAAGAGGAGAAUGCAGAGGACGCAAACAUAGAUCCUCGUCUACGAGCUAUGGGGGACGACAGUCGCAAUGACGCUAAGAAAACAGCGAAGCAAGGGAAAAAAGACAAAGGGAAAGGAAAGGAAAAAGAGACAGAAACCACGAAAGCCGUACCAGAGGCAACAGAAGGUGACGAAGAGUCGGCAAACGACCCCCUGGAAGAGAUACAGAUACUCGAACUUCACUCUCGCAAUCCGAUUAUAUCCUACAGAGGUCGAGUUUUUGAGGGACAAUGGGCAGAGGUUAUUGGCACAGAGGCAAUAUUGACCGAUCGUGAAGCCAAAGAUGCCGCUCAGUUACCUGCUCUUCGUCAUCUUCCCGGCGGUGUGGAUAUGCUCGGAGCAAGCUCUUCGCGCAUCUUGACCACCGAAAAGAUUCUGAAACCCAGAGUUGCCCAAGAGGACUCUUUGGCGGCCAUUCGCGAGGAGUGGAACAUUCGCAUCCCCCCAGGGAAGGAUAGGACCGGUGAAAGAGCGCAGCAGUUGCGCUUCCUAGAAAAUCUCAUCGCCUUGAAGAAGAAAAGGGGGGACGCAGAUGAAGUCACAGUAUAUGCUAUGGAUGGCCCUGGAAAAGAUUUUGACGACAGAAAGGGACCAGAUUUCAAACCUCGCAGGAAAAAGCCUAGUCUCGGCGUCGAUCAAACCAACGGGGCCAGUCAGAGUGACAGAAGAGAACGUCGAUAUACAAGGCGAAGCCAGGGUCGCCGAGGCGGUAGACGAAGAAGGGCAUCUGCUGCGAGAGGAACAUCAGCGGCAACGGAUAGGGGCGCUGGUUCAGGUUUGGAUUCGAAUACGCUGUCCACGCCCACGCCAAGUCACUGGGACGAACUCUUUGGGAUUCAAGAUGACGAGGACGAUAAUGAUAACGAUAGUCUCAACGACAUCUACGAGGACAGUGAUGGACCAGAAAGAAGACGUGCGGGUUCCGAUGAUGACAACGAGGACGACGAUGGGGACGAAGAUGACAACGAUGCCAUGAUACUGGACUAG